AUGUGGGGAGCGUUCAAAAACUACAAGUCGACCAAGAAAGAGGCGGUCGUGGGCUUGAUGGCGUUGGCGCGAUCUGAACGCACGGAUCUAACCUUGUCUACGGCCCAGCUGCAUGGGAAACCCAUCAAAUGGGAUCCCAUCAGACGGUUUAGCAGCAGAGCCGCCCAGUGGCGCAGACGAGGACGGAGAACGACCGAAAUCACACCGAUAGGCGAGAAGAUUCACCUCGAUCUACAUCCGGACGCAUUUCGGUUAACCGUAGACAUUGACGAGCCCAUCCUUCUCAAGAUGCUGACCAUGUGUAACAAUUACGAGCAUGAUGACGACCGUGCUCGAUUCUUCCAGCAGACAUAUUCCGACAUGGGCCACAUGUAUGGCGUCCGGCAGAACCGCGCCCAGAGUUCCCAUUACUAUCAGCUUGCUCUCGAGAAAGCGAUCCAAGCGCAAAACACUGCAAACAUUGCGUCGAUACGAUGCCACGUGAAGGCUACGGCCAUGACCGACACAACCAGACCGGCCAAGCGCACUCGCAACCACAGGGCGGUACUGGCUGGGCGCUAUGGGCGUUUUGUCGGCCGUACUCUUGGCUGA